CGCUGCUGAGUGGAAGGGGAAAAUCUCUAUUUCAUCAUUUUGCAGGGAAUCCGUAGUUUGCUUGAUAGGUAUGAGGGUGGGAUGCUGUUGCUCAAUGCUGUGAAGUAAUAUAAUGUCUCGGCUGCUCGUCUCAGAUCGUUUCCUCGGCCUGAGCUCCGGUUGUUAGCAGUGACUCUGAGAUGCCGCCGUUCAAGCACAGCGUCUUGCUUCUGCUGCUGCUGGAGUUCCUGAUUUCAGUAGCUGGCGAUCAGCCUCAGCCUCUAACCUGCCCGCUCUAUGCUGGCGUCCCAGGGACGCCGGGACACAACGGCCUGCCCGGCAGAGACGGGAAAGACGGAAAGGACGGGCCUGUUGGACCCAAAGGACAGAAAGGAGAGACAGGUUCCUCAGUGACCGGACCACCUGGAAAGAAAGGUCCAGCAGGUGAUGUCGGCCCACCGGGUGUAAAAGGAUCGAAAGGAGAGCAAGGUGUAGGAGUCCGGGGACCCUCUGGAGUGGCGGGCCCACCCGGGCCUAAAGGGCAAAAAGGAGAAACUGGGUCAGCAGGUCCCUCAGUGACGGGACCACCUGGAGCCAAAGGUCCAGCUGGUAAUAUCGGUCCACCGGGGGUAAAAGGAUCGAAAGGAGAGCAAGGUGUAGGAGUCCGGGGACCCUCUGGAGUGGCGGGCGCACCCGGGCCUAAAGGGCAAAAAGGAGAAACUGGGUCAGCAGGUCCCUCAGUGACGGGACCACCUGGAGCCAAAGGUCCAGCUGGUAAUAUCGGUCCACCGGGGGUAAAAGGAUCGAAAGGAGAGCAAGGUGUAGGAGUCCGGGGACCCUCUGGAGUGGCGGGCCCAUCCGGGCCUAAAGGGCAAAAAGGAGAAACUGGGUCAACAGCCAAUGUGAACGAAGCUGCCGUGGUCAAGACUUUGCUCUCGGACGUCCAGAAGCUUCAGUCCCGGAUUUCCAUGCUGGAGAAGGUUCUAGGUUUCCGUGCCUUUAGAAAGGUUGGUCAGAAAUAUUACAUCAGCAGCGGCUUGGUGACCACGUUCGAUGCCGGACAGAGCUACUGCAGAGGGGUCAAAGGAGAACUCGCUCUGCCGAGGAAUAACGAGGAAAACCAGGCUGUUUAUCAAGUGCUCAAGCAGGUCUCCCAGUCUGAGACCUGCUUUCUUGGGGCGCGGGAAAGCAAGGUUAGGGGCCAGUAUGCGGACACGAAAGGUCAGAAGAUCACUUACACCAAAUGGCACCCUGGCCAGCCGAACCGCUUGGAGGAGCAGUGCGUCUGUAUGGGGCCCAGCGAUCAAUGGCAUGAUUACAUGUGUAACAGCAAACACCUCAUAAUCUGUGAGAUACAGUAAAACACUGAAGUGCUGAUGAACAGGGUCACUGAGUUCAGUACAAGAGGCUGACUUUACAUUAAAAAUCACUGCAUUACA